AUGACUGGGAUACUCUAUGGAAUCGAUGUUGAAAAUAUUCCGUGAGUUCUAACCUAAACACAUCACACAAUACAGCUAGGAAGAGAAUAGUUAUGUAUGAUUUAAGGAUACCAUUUUUGUGUGUAGUUAUCGUCGUCGAUUCCGCGUCCGGAUUAGUCUGCAACCACGAGAUAUUCUGCCACGGGAGAAUCCUGCACGAGGUGCAAAUGAGCAGCUUGUACCCAGACUCGAAGACGUUCGUGGACAUGAAGUUGAAGUUCCCCAAGCAGGUCGUGCUGAAGAACUUCGACAUCCUGCUGCGGCUGUCGGACAACGAGGUGAGUCGCACCAGCCUCUCGCUGUUCCUCAGGGAGAACUUCGACGACGUGGCGAGCGAGUUCGAGGCGUGGACGCUCCCAGACAUCAAGGACGACCCCGGGUUCCUCGAUGGCAUCCGGGACGCGAAGCUGAAGGCAUACGCCAAGAACAUCCACAUGAUGUGGGCGUUCCUGGCCAGGAAGAUCAAGGACGACGUGAAGUUUAACCCGGAGCUGUACUCCAUCAUGUACUUGCCUGAGCCGUUCGUCGUCCCAGGGGGCAGGUUCAGGGAGAUAUACUACUGGGACACCUUCUGGAUCUGCAAAGGGCUGCUCAUCUCCGAGAUGUACGUGACCGUCAGAGGCAUGAUCAAGAACUACGUCCACCUGGUGGAGAACUGGGGGCUCAUACCGAACGGCAACAGGAUCUACUACAAGAAGCGCUCGCAGCCGCCCAUGCUGAUCCCGAUGGUCGGCAUCUACCACGACUUCACCAAGGACUUUGCGUUCGUGCAGGAGAUCUUCCCCACGCUGGAGAAGGAGUUCGACUUCUGGCGCAAGCAGCGGUCGGUGACGUUCCGCAAGUACGGGAAGGAGUACACCAUGUUCCGGUUCUACGAGAGCUCAGAGGGCCCGAGGCCCGAGUCGUACAAGGAGGACGUGGUGGAUGCGGCGGCCUUCGACACGCCCGAGAAGCGGGAGGAGUUCUUCCGCGAGCUGAAGGCCGCGGCCGAGUCGGGCUGGGACUUCACCAGCCGGUGGUUCGUGUACAACGCCUCGGCGGACUACCGGCCCACGCUGGCCGACACCAAGGUGCGCAACAUCGUGCCCGUCGACCUCAACUGCAUCGUCGAGUGGAACGCGCGCACCUUGGCCAAGUUCUGCAAGCGCAUGAACCGCCAGGAUCGGGCGCGCUACUACACGCGGCUGUCGCGCGACCUGCAGCGCGCCAUCAAGAAGGUGCUGUGGCGGGAGAACGUGGGUGCGUGGCUCGACUACGACUUCGUCAGCCGCCAGCGACGCAACUACUUCUACCCGUCGAACCUGGCGCCGCUGUGGACGCAGUCGUUCGACCGCCGCGACGCCAGCCACUACGUCGAGCGGGUGCUCGAGUACCUGGAGGACGUGAACAUCCUGCGCUACCCGGGCGGGAUCCCCACCAGCCAGGAGCUGACUGGCCAGCAGUGGGACUACCCCAACACGUGGGCUCCUCUGCAGGACAUGGUGAUCUCCGGCCUGCACAAGACCAACCACGACGAGGCGCAGAAGCUGGCCCUGACGCUGGCGCAGAACUGGAUCACCACCAACUACAUGGCGUACGAGGAGAGCAAGGCCAUGUACGAGAAGUACGACGCGCGCGUCAUGGGCAUGCCGGGCCGCGGGGGCGAGUACGAGAACCAGAUCGGCUUCGGCUGGACCAACGGUGUGGCGCUCGACUUCCUCCACCAGUUCGGCAACGAGCUGGUCUCCCCCACCAUACGGGAGGCCAUGGGCGCCAAGGAAGAGAGGGUGGAGCCGGCCGCCGAGGUGGAGCAGGCCCCUGAAGCCGAGCUGGACAGCGAGGACUCCGAGGAGGACCUUCACGCGCUGGCCGGGGCCGACCAGGAGGAGGAGCAAGACAAGCUGGCGGGGCUGGUAGACCACCGCUACUACGAGCAGUACUACGCCCAGAAGCGCGCAGCAGCCCGCGAGGCGUCCGAGGACCCGGAGGACACCGAGGCCCACGGAGGCUACGAGUAGCGACCUUACCACCACAACCACCCGGUCAUCCUCGAGUGAAGCGACGAACCAGCCGGUCAUCCUCGAAUGAAGCGACGAACCGACUGUCUUCGUUUCACGUGCGAAGCAAGACAACUCGUGUGACGUGUUCAUCGGAAGAUGAGCGUAUUGUCCGUGAUAGUGCACUAGAACAAGAGUGACUAAAUACGAAAUAUUUUAAAAACAUCGUCCCAGAAACAAGUUUUUACCGUUUCAGACCGGUAACAAGACACAAUACAUAUCCGAAAACAUUCGUGUUGGUUUUUUUUUACUUAUUGAUUUCAAGCAGUAUACAUAAUACUUUCCUCAAUUAAUGCAGAAAACGUCAUGGGGAAAUAAUUUUUAUCUCUCAACAUUUACCAUGAGAUUGUAAUUAACUUGUAAUGAAAAUAAAGUAAUAUGCACGAAAUUUAGGCCCUGCGCUGAAGAAAGUUCAGCAUAAACAAAGGUUCAUCAGGAAUUGGCAACGAAUGUCAGUUUGCACUAGACAAGAAUAUAAGUAAUUCUCUAUUUUCCAAAAAAAAAAAAAUUAUAAAUCUAGAAAUUUAAACAAUAAUUUUUAUUUAAAAUACCUCUGAACUGUUUUCUUCAUUUACCUAUAAUAUUCCAAAAAUAGCUCCACUGUCCAAUUGUAUCCUUUAGUUUCCCAGAGUAGUGAUAAUUCUUUCCAUGCUUUUACUCAUUGAGAUUUUUAUGUAAUUAUUUUUUGAAGGCCAGCGUGCAGUGCCUAUUCACAGUUUCAGUUUGAAAGGAAGAAAUUCUACCAACUUCGGAGUAUUGUGAAUUAAUCUUAUGACAUCACGAGAAGCAGGCCUUAGUUUUAGCCAUAAUUACAUUUCCUAUGAUUGUAUGCUUGGAUUUGAGUUUGUCAAUAAACUUUAACAUGAACAUUUGAA